AUGUCUGUCAUACCAGUACGGUAUGAAAGUUUGAAGGCAAUUCUGCCGUACAUGGACCCAAAUACACGAUUCCAAAUCUCUCUGCGCAUUCCAUCAGUCAGCUCCCUUGAGAGCCGCAUACCACUGAAAAUCGAGAAUUUGAAGUUUGCAGGUCCUUUUACGGAGGUGAAUAAGGUCUCCUACCACCUUGGUGUAUACCGUGAUUACGGACGCAAUGAAACUCCUUCCGAUGUUCACCACAUGAAUCAAAGGGGAGGUUUUCUCAAUGACAUUGAUCAAUAUGGAGUCAUCAUAUAUCCCGGAGUGAACAACGUACUUCCAGGAGAUAUCGAUUUGAGAACAGAAGUUCACCAAGAUCAUUGGUUUAACACGGAGGAAUCGGAACAAGAUCAUGUACAGCAGCUGAGAACUUUAAAAAUGUUGUUAGCCGAACGGUUAAAUCAGGAAUAUAUUGAAGACGACGAAACCAGGAAUGCAGGAGCUUCCAAUGAAACAUUUCGACAAAUUAUAUUAAACGAUUCUGUAGAAUCCAUUCAACGUCAAAUAAAAUCCAUUCGGGACCGGCUCAGUGCUUAUACCAAUCGUCGAAACAAUAGAAUUCCUCCUUAUACUCCUUUUAUUCAAUUUACCAGACGCUCUCCAAAAGGAGUAACGAUCCAACGUGUUGCAUACAAUAAGUAUCUAUAUGAAGCAACAAAGACGGUGCACACGAAACUGUUUGGAAAUCGUGAUUCGAGUAUUUCAGUGAAAAAUCUGAAAAUUGACAUUUUCGAUCGAAUUCUUCGUUUUCCCGCAGCAACUGUUCUGAAAAUCGACAAUUUAGAAGUUACAUUCUGGAAUUCACGUGAAUUUGAACGGUUCAAGCAAGUCAUUCAUCCAUCAUCUUUUCCACUUCAACAAUUGAAAAUUUCAAGUACUACAAUUCCUUUUUUUGAUUGUAGACACAUUAUUGCGAAAGAGGCAAAAUCAUUAAUUAUCGAUAAUAAUCCCCUUGAAGAUGAUUCAUGGACACCAAUCCUCCCGAAUCUGACCAACCAAAGAGUGUGUUUGAUGAAUGAGAACCAACGCGAUCCUCCGAAUGAUUAUGUGAAUUUAAUCGAGGAUUGGUUGGAGAGAGGACGUCCGGUUGGGACCACUUUCAGUAUGGGACUCAAGAACGAAAAUACAGCAAAACAGUGUUUGGAUACUCUGAAGCAGAGAGAAAAUGUUUUAGGAUCUACUGAAAAACAAGUCCAGCUCCGUAUCAAUGCUUCAUUGAUGUUCAAUGUCUCCUAUGAUAUGAUUGAUCAUACAAGCAGUUUUCUUAGUGAAUAUGAAUCAAACUUGUGGCUUAGACUGAAAGUGGUUCGUAGAAGAUCUGAAUAA